GUAAUAGAAAUGUUUGGGAUUUUUGGGAAUUUCUUGUUUACCCAACCAAUUCCCACAGGGCGUUAUAACUCUAAUGGUAUAAUAAUAUGAGAUCUCCUAUGAGAUUAAGCAAACAACUAACCCAAAACUAAUAAGAAUCGUUGGGGAUUUUUGGCCAUUUGUUUAACAAAUUCCGUCAGAAGAGAAACGCAAACAUUUCUGCUGCUAUUCAAAACUGAAAUUUAUUAAUGGAAAUCGGUAGUAAUUUAUUUUCUGAUGACUCAUCGGUAUUUUCAUUGAGUCAACAAGCCAGAAAGACUUUCGGAAAUAUUCUUAGCACUCUGUUUUAGUAAACAAAUUUAUCAUAAUGCAAAUCUAAAGCCAAUGUAAAAGGAAACUUGAUUAGGAGCUGGCAGACAACUUGUACAUCCCCACCUAGGAUCAUGUUUCAAAUUUCACAUUAAAUUAAUAGAUUCAUUUUUUGUUUGCAUUUCUGAUCGUGUUGAUAUAAAGCUUUUGUUUGGAUCAUUGACGUUAAAUGCUUUCUUAGAAUUCCAAAUUAACCAAAAAUAGAAGCGCUUAUUUCGUCUUUUGGGACAUUUAAAUAAUGGCCAUAUUAUUUAUAAGAUCAUAGACCGUUGAUUUAAUAAUCGAACGCGUAUUAAUCAAACAUUAAUGGGCCCUGGGAACGAAGCUACACCGAAUGGGCGGAGCUCGCGGUAAGGUGGUCAAGGUUUGCCCUUAAUUAAGUUAACAUCAAACUAGAAUUAGGGUUUUCCCGCAAUCAUUAAACUUCGAUUUCUGGGCCUCCGAAACGGAUCUAGAAAACGCCCACACGCCAAAAACGAUUAAGGGCCCUUCACUGGCCAUCUCAAGAAUCAGAAAUACCCAGCUCAUAAUGGGUAAAAAGGGCGAUUAGUUUAUAAGAAGAAGAAUGGCCAAAAGAAAGUUGGCAAAUCACUUGAUGAGCUGAUCAGGCCAAGGCGAGCAGUCCAAACAUCAAAGCCGGCAACAAACCCAUCAAACAUCAUCGAAUCCAAAAAAUAGGGAGAAAAAGUUGCCGAUCGUUAAGAGCCGUAGAAGUGUGUCUACAGUAAAAGCUCUCUAAAAGGAAUUUGACUUAAACAGUAGGAAGUAUUCAAGACAAUUAAAAAUCAUUUCUUUAGCAUAUAUAGCAAUUAAUAAGAAAAAAUAAAAAAUUUAAUAAUUUUAAAAUGACAAUUUGAUCUUCAAAAUUACUCUUAAAUUAAUAAAACCCUAAUCCAAAAACCCUUUAUCAAAAAGUUCUAAGCUUUUCCCACUCUACGAGAGACCACUGUAGCAGUGGCAACAAAUGAGAACCGUCGAAUUGUUAUGACAUGCAAAAUCCGGCAAGAAAGCCAGCAACAACAAACACUUACACUCGAAAAGGUUUGCGCAUCGCGCAGUCGCCGCCAACAGAGGCAGCGACGUCGCCUGAGCACCUCUGCCCAAGUGGGCAGAACUCAAGCGGUGAGCAGAGAUCUUAGCUGUGAGCCCAACUUGGGCGCUAAGCUCGCUUCAGUUCGAUUCUUGAGGCCGUUUAGAUCGGUUCUGUUUGGCGAAACGCGCAUUGAAGAAUUCUUCGCUGUGAGAAGAAGACGUGAGAAGUAGUAGUAGGAGAAUUCUAAAGAGCAUUGCGAAAAGAAUCGAAACGGUUUCCCCAAACAGCAGCCCGAACAGCUGAGUGUUUCGUGAACCGUAAUUAAAAAAACAAAAAUUAUAAAUUAUACACAUCGUAAAACCCAAAAAAUAAAAAAGAGACUGACAACAACCGGAGCGAGACUCUGCUUAAAAAUACUCCAGAUUGUGAUACUAAUUACCUUAAAUUGUGUGUGUGAUAAAUUGCUGUUAUAAUCAAACAAUUCACGAGAACAAAACAAACACAACAAUUACAAAUUAACAAAUAUGCAGGACUACUGGCACAUUCCCCGCGCCUCUCUGGCCUCAUCCUCAAGCUCGGCCAUCAGUUCGGCCAGCUCCUCAAAGUCCUCGAACAAAUCGCACUCGAAUCCGCCCACCCUCAACCAGCGGAGUUCGCCCAGCAACAGCAGCAAUGCAAAUAAUAAUAAUAAUAAUAAUAAUACAAGUGCUGCUGUUACGGCGGCGGCUGCGGCAGCGGUACUGGCUGCUGCCAAGCGGGGAUCGAGGAGUUCGCAGGGCUCCAGCGACAGUAACAACAGCACACGGAGCGCUGCUUCCGGCUCACUGCUGUUGACGGCAGCGAAUCUGGAACGCUUCGCGGAGAUCCACAAGAAGCAGGAGCGCCACAACAAGAUGCUGAUGCCCAGUAAUCCUUCGUCGUCCAACUACAAUGCCAAUCUGACGCUAGCCAGCGGCAAGGAUGCGGUUAUCGCCAUCGAGGGCCAACAGCCGAACGAAGUGGAUCCCAAUUUGCAGUACGUGAAAACCAAAGACCUGGACACCGUAUCCAUUGCGAGCUCUAUGCACUUCACGAUGGUCAAUGGAGAAGGUGGUCCCCCGAAGAAACCGAAGCGUGGUCUCUGCGAUCGUGGACGCCAGGUCACCGUGUUGAUAGUGAGCAUGAGCACCAUCUUUAUGCUGCUCAUCAUGGGCAUGGUCUAUGCGCUGGAGAUGCGCGCCCGCGACAUGCCCAAGAGCUAGGACUCAAUUCCUCUGCCUAGCCAAUUAGCUUAUUAUUUAUUGUAUUGUCUUUGUCCCCCAUUAUUAUUAUUAUUAAUUUUAUUAUUGUUAUCGUGUCGUCUUGGCGCUAGUUGUAUAAGCUAUUUAUUUAACGAAUGUUUGGAUGGAGAGUCGAGUCAGUCGAAACUGGGAAAUUGCAUUAGUAUUAAGCGCGCUAUGCUAUGGAGACAGAGAAACAUACAAGGAACUAGAUCUGGAGCGGAUCGGACAAUCGCCGUCUGGUAUCGGAUAAUACUGUACUUUCUGGUUAGCAAUUAAGUUAUUUAUCCCUGUGAUAUGUUUAAUAAAGUGAAUUUUAUAAAUGUA